AUGUCUCUCGGCUCCAUCAGGGGAACAGCGGAGGACCUCAUGUUCAGACCAUGCCCGCCACAUCCAGAAAUCAACGAUCCCUUCGGAAGCAUGUUACCACGGCCUGCAUCCCCUGUCGUGAUGGGAAAGUUAAGAAACUGCGCCAUUCGAGGCAAGACCUGUCGCUACCGGCAAAGCGAUGACAAACGGAAAGUCCCCGUGCGCCCGGCCGUGGCCGUGCUGGCACGCCGGGUGGACAGCCUUGUUCACCAUAUCCGAGAGUGUGGCCUACCAGUUCCACCCAUCGAUGAGGAGGACCAUCGCAUCCUGAAGAAUGUUUUGGAUGCCCUGGAGCUGCGAUGCGAGGACGUGGUUGCAGAUCCCAACGACACCAGCAGCCGACCAGGGCUGGCUAAUAUCCUGCCCACCACGCCUGUGUCCGUCAACAGCAGCGCUCCUCCCACCCAGCCGAAUGAGACUGACAGCGUAGGGCCGUCUCACCAGCCGUCAGUUUGUCUGGAGCCUCUUGACCUCUCGUUUGACAAAGAACGGGUGGCGUGGAAAGACUCCACUAUUUCGGAAGCGCCCAGGGAAGAAGAAGAAGAAGUAGGAGACAGUGAUGACGAAGUCACCGACCAGCUCUCCUGUCGACUGGGACGAUUGCAAGUAACUCACGAUGGUCAACUUCGAUAUUUUGGCUCCACCUCCAAUCUAACGCUCCUGGAUGCGCUGGUGGAUGUCACUCCACCCGUCGCCAUUCCCCGAGAUGCACCCGAGUUGCUGGAGAAUGCAAAGCUCAACCAAGAAGUCGACGAAGCAUUCGAAAAGCACCUAAUUGAUCUCUUCUUUGCCUGGCAGGAUCCUAGUCUGCAUGUUAUUGAUGCUGAGAGCUUCUGGCGGUCUCGUGCGCAGAGCCGUGAGGAGGGCCUCGCCACGCCGUACUAUUCUCGAGCCUUGUCGGACGCCAUGUGCGCUCUGGGGGCCGCCUAUGAACCGAAAUAUCAUCCCGACUUUGUCACCUUUCCCCGAUCACUCGCCGAAUUUUUUGGCGAUCGGGCGAAGCUUUUGGUGGAACUCGAAUUGGAUAACCCGUCGAUUGCAACCAUCCAGGCCCUUGUGAUUCUCAGCAAUCAUGAAGCAUCCUGCACUCGGGAUACCCGGGGAUGGCUUUACAGUGGAAUGGCCAUGCGUCUCACAUUGGACCUGGGGCUUCAUCUCGAGAUGGGUCCGUAUGUGGAAAAGGGUAUCAUUCCUCAUCAAGAUGCCGAGGUGCGCCGCAUGGUCUUCUGGGGUGUCUAUCUCAACGAACAGUUCUGGGGAUUCUAUCUGGGCCGCUCCGCCCAAUGUCGGAUGGAUGCUGUCACCGUGCGGAAGCCCAUGUCUCCGAGCCCGGUUCCUACCUCCAGCUGGAAGCCAUAUCCCGAUCAGCUCGGGACCAGUUUCCCGCAAAUCCCCUUCAACCCUUUGUGCCAGGAAUGGGUCUCCCUUUACGAGAUCAUGCUCCCGCUUACGGAUGUCUUAGCUAAUGGUUACUUGCCAAGAUAUGGUUGUUCAGAGAUCUCUACUCACUCCCUGCAGGAGCUGGCUUCGGUAACAGUUGAGAAGCUGCAACAAUGGCAUCUUAACCUCCCAGUAGAGCUCAAGGCUGAUGAAGGGACUACUUUCCGAUCACCGCUGCCCCAUGUUCUUACCCUGCAUAUGCAAUACUACCAGUUCAUGAUUCAUUGCCAUAAACCCUACAUCUCCCGACGUCAUAUACAGCCCCAGCCUCCUCAAGGCCCGGGUUCAGGCCAUGCUCGAAGAAUGUGCAUCGAAUCUGCAGUGGCCAUCGUUCAACUGCUGGACCUCUAUGAGAGAUCCUACGGAUUUGACAAGUCAAGUAUACAAAUGGUUUCGUUCGUAUUCUCCGCCGCACUAAUAUUGAUUUUCAACACUAUUCCCGCCAAGACCACAUCUCAAGAUCAACACCUGGUGAUCCACCUCAGUACUUGCUUUAGGGCCCUUGACCGUAUGGCCAGCUGCUUCGAGAAUGCCCGACGCACCAGCGUCUUCCUGGGCACUUUGCGCCAACAAUGGCAAGUGCGCCGACAGAAACGCCGAGCUCGCGCAGGCAGAGUAAACUUUGCUUAUAGCCGUAAGCUGGACCUUUCGGAAUCAGCGGGGUGGAACCGGGAUGGUAGUGAAGCGUACUCAAGUGUGCAGUGUCAGCCUGCGGUAACAGAGAGUUCCGUCACGGGUCUGGACACUGAGCUUAGUGAUCUCGUGCCAUAUUACUCUGCCAUUGCCGACGCCCCCGCGUCCACAGUUGAUUUCAUGGGACCCAAUCUCUGCAACAUCCUACUCAGUGAAGGGAUCCCUCGCGCAUUCGUAUAA